UCUCUUCAGUUUUCACCUUCAUUUCUCUGAUCGGGUUGGGUUUCUCUCCAGAUCACAUAGCCAGAAAAUUAUCCUCCGCUAGAGCCAAAAUCAUGUUUCCUCUUUUGACGAGGCUUUUGACGCGACGAUCGCAGCCGCUUCACUGGCGACGCAGCUUUGCUCGGGCGGCGGUGGACGCCGAGAAGGGCCCUACCAUCCGGGAGCUUCCGCCGUUUGAUUAUUCCCCGCUGCCGUAUUCGGGGCCCGCCGCCGACGAGAUUCUGGCGAAGCGCAGAGAGUAUCUGAGUCCUUCCAUUUUGCAUAUGUACAAGAAUCCCGUGAACAUAGUGGAAGGAAAGAAGCAGUACCUGUUCGAUGAAAAUGGGAGAAGAUACGUGGACGCGUUUGGAGGGAUUGCUACGGUGUGUUGCGGCCACUGUCACCCUGAUGUGGUGGAGGCCAUAGUGAACCAAACCACAAAGUUGCAGCACUCCACCGUUCUAUACCUUAACCACGCCAUCGCCGAUUUCGCUCAGGCUUUGGCUUCUAAGCUUCCCGGUGACCUAAAGGUAGUGUUUUUCACAAACUCUGGAACAGAAGCAAACGAAUUGGCCAUUCUGAUGGCAAGGAUGUACACUGGGUGUCAUGACAUAAUAUCUCUGAGGAAUGCUUAUCACGGUAAUGCAGCUGGAACAAUGGGAGCCACUGCUCAAAGUAUCUGGAAAUUCAAUGUUGUGCAGAGUGGUAUUCAUCAUGCAGUAAAUCCAGACCCUUACAGAGGAAUUUUCGGUUCUGAUGGAGAAAAAUAUGCAAGAGAUGUUCAAGAUAUCAUUAACUUUGGAACUUCUGGACAUGUUGCAGCCUUCAUGUCUGAAGCUAUCCAGGGAGUGGGGGGUAUCGUUGAACUGGCUCCUGGUUACUUGCCUGCUGUAUACAAUACCAUAAAAAAAGCAGGAGGACUUUUCAUUGCAGAUGAGGUUCAGGCUGGCUUUGGCCGCACUGGUAGCCAUUUUUGGGGAUUUGAGUCCCACAACGUUGUUCCUGACAUAGUGACAAUGGCUAAGGGCAUUGGAAAUGGUUUUCCCCUUGGUGCCGUUGUAACAACUCCAGAGAUUGCAGAGGUCUUAACCCACCGGAAUUACUUUAACACCUUUGGUGGGAAUCCUGUUAGUACUGCUGCAGGGUUGGCUGUUUUAAAAGUAAUAGAGAAAGAACAGCUUCAAAAAAAUGCACUUGAGGUUGGGACCUAUUUGAAAGAAAAGCUCACUAGCCUAAAGGACAAAUAUGAAUUGAUUGGUGAUGUGAGAGGAAGAGGCCUGAUUCUAGGAGUUGAACUUGUCACUGAUCGUGAGCUUAAAAUUCCAGCAAAAGCAGAAACAUUGCAUGUAAUGGACCAAAUGAAAGAAUUAGGGGUACUUAUUGGCAAGGGUGGUUACUAUGGAAAUGUCUUCAGAAUAACACCCCCCUUGUGUUUCACCAAAGAAGACGCAGAUUUCGUAGUAGAUGCAAUGGACUUGACCUUGUCUAGAAUGUGAAGCUUAGACCGGAUAUCCUAGCUUUAAUAAAAGUAUUAUAUUAUCAUAAGUGAAAUGAUGUAAUGCCAUAUUCACAGUCGGUAAAAUUUACAGAGAUGCAGACUUAUUAGCUAAAAUAGCCAACCUAUCCAUGAUCUUAGGACAUAAAUGAGCCAACAACUCGUUGUCUCUGGUCUGAUGUUUGUACCUUUUCAUAUGAAGGAGCCAACAAUUCGUUGUCUCUUGUCGUUUA